AACAGAUCUCUCAGCUUUCCCUCGGCGGUCGAUUUGCUCUGCCUCUGAACCGAAAUUCCGGCAUCUACGACAUCUGACCUUUCGCCGGCGUACCCAGUUGAGAGAAAUUAGGAAACUUGUUGAAGGCUUGUUGCGGGAGUGUAGACCUAGAAGUUGAACGCGGCUUAGAUAGAAGAUGAGCAACCCUUCGGCGGGGACCUCCUCAAAGUCCAAAGCGGGGACCUCACAGCCCUCCGAGACUUCUUUCAAGCGCAAGCGGGGAGUUUUUCAGAAAGAUUUGCAGCACAUGAUGUACGGUUUUGGAGACGAUUCCAAUCCACUUCCAGAGACUGUGUCCCUUGUUGAGGACAUUGUUGUGGAGUAUGUAACAGAUUUGGCACAUAAAGCUCAAGAUAUUGGAGCAAAGAGAGGAAAGCUCUCUGUUGAGGAUUUUCUGUAUCUAAUCCGCAAGGACCUGCCCAAACUUAACCGUUGUACAGAAUUGCUAUCAAUGCAAGAAGAGCUGAAACAAGCCAGGAAGGCAUUUGAGGUUGAUGAGGAAAAACUGGCCACACUAGAGUAGUCUGUCCCCCCACCCCCCACUUAGAAAAAGAAAACUCUGUCUAUGACUGACUCUGAUUUGGUCUUUAGAUAUUUUCUAUGGUGUAAUCAAAGAUUAUGGUGAUUCAUAUUAGAAACAGAAAGAUUUGUUCUAAAUAUGAGUAAACAUUUUGAGCAUUGACACCCACUCUAUAGCUCAAUUGUAACUUAUUCUUCCUCCUUACUUCCAAAGGAAAAAAUCUCUGUAUGACUA